AUGGGAAAGCUAAUUCGCCUCGAACUUUUCAAUUUCAAAUCAUACAAGGGGCAUCAUACCCUUCUUUUUGGCGAUGCCUACUUCACGUCGAUCAUCGGGCCUAAUGGCUCGGGGAAGUCAAAUUCGAUGGAUGCAAUCUCGUUCGUUCUAGGAAUCAAAUCAUCCCACCUCCGCUCAACGCACUUACGCGACUUGGUUUACCGUGGGCGGGUGCUCCGUACAUCAACCAUCAAUGACGAUGGCUCCGCGAAGAAUCCUGAAAAUGGUGUCAACGGUGACGGCGAACCUGACGCAUCCCAAGAGCCUGCUGAACGCAAUGACCCAAAAGUUGCAUGGGUGAUGGCGGUGUACGAAGAUGACGCUGGGGAGGAACAACAUUGGAAACGAUCAAUUACGAGCCAGGGAGUGAGCGAAUAUCGCAUCAACAAUCGUGUUGUAACGGCACAACAGUACAACCAGUCUCUCGAAGAUGAAAAUAUUUUGAUCAAGGCUCGCAACUUCUUGGUGUUCCAAGGAGACGUGGAAUCGAUCGCAUCUCAGUCCCCUAGAGACCUGACCCGUCUCAUAGAGCAGAUAUCCGGUAGUCUCGAGUACAAAGCGGAAUACGAAAGACUCAAGGCAGAACAGGAAGAAACAGCAGAACUCCAAAAUGUUCAAUUGAACCGCCGCAGAGGCAUCAACUCCGAAAUCAAGCAGUAUCAAGAACAAAAGAGAGAGGCGGAGAAUUAUGCCAGGAAGGCGGAAGAACGCGACCAGGCAAUUAUUACACAUAUUCUUUGGAAACUCUUCCACUUCCAACGUUUAAUUGAGGAAUCAAGCGCGGAGAUACAAAAGCAUCAAGACGAAUUGAAAGAAUUCCGGCGUGGCUUAGAAAAGUAUGAAAAAAGCCUCGAGGAGGCUAAGAAGGAUAAUGCUCGAGUUGGUAGAGACGUAGCAAAAGUUGAAAAGAACAUUAAAGCCAAGGAAAAAGAUAUCGAGGAUACGACGAAUUCGCUCGUCCCUGUUGAUGAGAAAAUCGAAAUAUCAACCCAAAAAGUCCAGAGAUAUGCUGCUCGAAUUUUCGAAAUCGAAAAGGAAAGUAAUGCACAAUCGAAAACCGUGAAACAGCUUGAAAGGGAUCUGAAAGUUGUUGAAAAAGCUCAAUCCCACUGGGAAGAUGAGUGGAAAAAAACUGCCAGCAAAAGAGGGAUCCAACUCAGCGAUUCUGAUCUUCAAGAGUUCAACAAGCUUAAGGAAGAUGUGAAUAAGCGUUCAUCAGCUGCGCAAAGCAAACUCGACAACUUUAAGCGUCAGAGGAAGGCCGAUGCUGAAACAGUUAACAGCUUAAAGAGCAAUUUCGAAAGUACAGAGUGGCAAGUCAAAAAUCUUCAGUCCGACGUAAACAAUAUGUUGGAUCGCAAGGCAAGCAUUACGGAAACCAUUGAAGCCACCUCCAAAGAAAUCGAUCAGAAGAAGAAGGAGCUGAAUAAUCUCACUUCAGAACGUCUUCGUGUAGCGCAAAUGCGGACGGAACUUGAAGAGAAGCUUCAGGUCACUUUGAAGAAGCUCCUUGAGGUAGACGAUGGCCGCAAGCAAAGCGAGAAGGAACUGCGUACCAAGGAACUAAUAUCAACCUUGAAGCGCAUAUUUCCAGGAGUCAAAGGCCGGAUCAGCGAACUUUGCAAGCCCAAGCAAAAGAAAUAUCAAGAAGCUGUUAGCACCGUCCUUGGCCGGCAUUUCGAUGCCAUCGUAGUAGACAACGAGAAAACAGCCAAGGAAUGUAUCCAGCAUCUACGAGAUCAAAGGGCAGGCCAAGCAACGUUCAUCCCACUAGAGACCAUUCAAGUAAAAGCCUUCAAUUCUAGCCUAAAAGGUAUGCACCGGGGUAUGCGACCAGCCAUUGAAACUGUUGACUUCGACAACUCUGUUUCCCGCGCUAUCACAUACGCCUGCGGAAACGCAAUCGUUUGUGACGACCUAGCCACCGCCAAGUACCUAUGUUAUGAGAAAGGAGUCGACGCCAAAGCAGUGACUCUGGAUGGGACGAUCAUCCACAAGGGUGGUCUUAUGACUGGUGGACGAGGCCCUGGCAGUCAGCAAUCUAAGCGCUGGGAAGAUACAGAUGUCACCAACUUGCACAAAUUGAAAGACAAACUUAUCGCAGACCUGGCCAACCUCCCUAAAGCUCAUCGCAAGGGCGCGGAAGAAGAGAGCCUCCAAGGACAACUUGCUGGAUUGGAGCAGCGUCUUGCUUAUUCUCGAGAUGAGUUGAAAUCCCUGGACAGAAACAUCGAGAGUAGGUCCAACGAAGUGGACUUUGCCAGCCGUCAACUGAAGAGCAUCCAACCCAAGUACCGUGAGAAGAAAAAUGCUCUCGAAGAACUGGAUAAAUCUAUUGAACAAGCCCAAAGCUCUGUCAGUGGAGUUGAAGAUGAGGUCUACAGUGCCUUCUGUCGCCGUCUGGGAUAUUGCAACAUCAGAGAAUAUGAAGCUCAGCAAGGCUCGCUGCAACAGGAAGCUGCAGAGAAGAAACUUGAAUUCACAACCCAGAAGAGCAAGAUAGAGAACCAACUCAGUUUCGAGAAGCAGCGACUGCAGGCAUCCGAAGACCGGGUUGGAAGUCUGCGUUCCCAGGAAGAGCGAGAUCGAACUCUUAUUGCUGAUCUCGAGGCCCAGCGUAAAACCAUCAAGGAUCAUCUCGAUACUCUCAACGCUGAACUAGACCAACUAGGCGAGGUCCUCGCGGAACAAAAGGAGGCUUUCUCGCAAUCUGCAGAGAACCUGGCUGCGCAACGUCGAGAGGUUCAAAAACAUUCUAAGAAUGUUGAGGCUACGCUCAAGGCUGUCAGCUCACUGGAUGGCGAGAGACAACGCCAUGCCUCAAGCAGAUAUGCGCUCUUACGCCGCUGCAAGCUGGAGGAUAUUGAUAUACCCCUCGAAAAGGGCUCGGCUCCACUCUCUACACUCCCCAUCGAUGAUCUGGUCCAAAACGAUGAAGAUGUGAUGGACGUGGACGAGGAACAGACUUUGGGAAAUAUCCGUGCUGCUGCUAUCCAUGAUUACGGUAUCGACGUUUACUUCGAAAGUCUAGGGGACUCUCUGAAAGAGGAUUCGGACGAGAAGGUUGAAGAAGAGUUGCUGGAUAAUAUCAAAUCUCUCAACAGCGAGCUUGACAAAAUGGCGCCAAACAUGAGAGCUAUGGAGCGACUCGAAGGCGUCGAGAAUAAGCUCAGGAGCACGGAGAAAGAUUUCGAAGAUGCCCGCAAACGCGCCAGGAAGGCCAAGGAAGACUUUGAGGCUGUGAUGCGGAAACGCUCUGAACUUUUCAACAAGGCUUUCACGCAUAUUUCAGAGCAGAUCGAGCCCAUAUAUCGCGAUCUGACAAAGUCAGCUAGCUAUCCCAUGGGAGGAAAAGCUUAUCUCGAUAUCGAGGACUCAGAAGAACCCUAUCUCGACGGUAUCAAAUACCACGCCAUGCCGCCGCUCAAACGGUUCAGAGACAUGGAACAUCUCUCUGGCGGAGAGAAGACCAUGGCAGCUCUAGCUUUGCUUUUCGCAGUACACUCGUACCAGCCCUCCCCCUUCUUCGUGCUGGACGAGGUCGAUGCGGCGCUCGACAAUACCAACGUAGCAAGGAUUGCCAACUACAUCCGCGACCAUGCUGCACCCGGUAUGCAAUUUAUCGUCAUCAGCUUGAAAACGGGUUUGUUCCAAAACAGCGAGGCGUUGGUGGGUAUUUACAGGGACCAGGCUGCGAAUAGCAGUAAAUGUCUGACGCUGGAUCUUCGAAAAUAUUCAUAA